CCCCAUCCGUGGGUAUACUUAUUUCAACACUCAUAGAGGUGGUGGCUAUACCAUCUCUGCCAGUCUUAUCCUAACAUUCGUCCCAAUAGCUAGUUAUUUUCUCUCUCUCACGUCUGCCGUACGACAGACAUUUUGUUUUGCGCGCGUGCAGUGCUCGUGAAGUGGUAUAUAUAUAUAUAACAGACAAAAUGGCUGCGGUAUAGCGUGAAUCAUCUCUCUACCAUAUACAUGACUAAGUAACUAGUGUUGUUGGUGUGUUUGAGCUAACAGAGAUAACCAGAAGGAGUGUUUUAUCUUCGCUGCUCAGGGGCUACAACUUUCGUAAUACACUACUCGGAGCCAACUUACAAAGUAACCUAUCCGUCAGUGCACGGCAGUAGACAUGGCCGUCUCAAUGGAAUAAAAAGGAACAGGUUUUUAAAAAAAUAUCCUGUUCCAAUUUCCUGGGAUUGUUUAACUCUUGCAAUGGACGACGCGGAUAUAAUACAAAAAAUAGGAAAGAAAAGGUAUCGACGGAGACUUGAGCGAGACAGAUAUUACACUACGUCCAUUGACUACAACACACUCAACAAUAUGACGAACCAAACUACAUCAACUGGCGGGAAGCUUGCGCAGGAGAUUAACGACGAAUUCCUCACGUGCAAGAUUUGCCUUGAAGGAUUCAAGAGCCCCAAGUGUCUAGAUUGUCUGCACACGUUCUGUGAGCAAUGUAUCGACAAUCAUAUUAUGACGGAAUGCACGUAUAAGAAAUAUAGCGAUUAUCGGGAAUUUACGUGCCCUUUGUGCCGGAAGCGGACUCAACUGCCGCUAGGGGGCGUCAAGAAGUUGCCGGACAACUUCCUGGUAUCGAGCCUUGGCGAGGUAGUAGCAAGGCAGAAACCGUCCAAAUUUCCUUUCUGUGACAUCUGUAAACUUGUCAAUCGAAAGCAUCGUGAGGCUUCAUCGAAAUGUCUGGAUUGUAACAAACUGUUGUGUAAAAAUUGUGUGGAGUUACAUCGAGAAACGAAAGUCACGAAGAAUCACAGCAUAUUUGAUGUGGAUAUAGAGAAGGAUAUUGAGUGUAAGGAGCACCAGGAAGAGGUUGUCCGGUUCUACUGUGAACCAUGUGAGGCUUGUAUCUGUGUUCUGUGUACCUUCAAUGAGCACAAAGACCACGAAAUCACCCAAUUUUCGGAUGCCGUAGAAAAGUAUAAGGAAAGUAUUCAAAAGCUGUUAAACUGUUGUAAAAGCAAACUGGAGGUGUACGAUCGUCAGCUUCUUGCUCUUACAACGUGUGAGAGUACCAUCAAAACCGCUGAGCAGAAGAUUCGCGAUACCGCUAUUCAGUUCAUAUCUGAUAUAAGAAAUAGAGAAAAGCAACUUAUUGAUGACCUGCAUUUUGAAUACGGACCAAUGGUUAUGGACUAUGUCAACAAAAGAAGCGACCUUCAGGUAAAUGUUGACAGUCUAAAAAGUACAUGCAGUUUGACAGAGCUUGUAUUGAAAGGAAAGGAUAUAGAACUUCUUCUCUUGAAGAAACAGGUUCAGGAGAAAUUAUCGUGUCUUGCGGAAAUUGAAUUAAAAGAUCUGCCGAACACCGUAUUGAAGGAAAUAUCUUUCGCUGCUGGCAAUUUGGAUAUGGGUCAGCUUCACGAAUCAGAUAAGCCAAUUGUUUCGAAGCCACCAAGAUCCUACUCUGGCGCUGCUCCAAUGCCAAAAGUCAGCACCAGCACUGUUACUACGCAGACAGAAGAAACAGAAGAGUCACAAUCGGGCCCGAAACCGGUUUUGGCGAAUCAAUACAUUCAAACUGAUGUAUAUGGCAGUGCUAAGAACAACUAUGACACCAAGUCGACCGAAACUGAGCACGUUGAAACCUUGGAGAAGGGCGUAAACACCAGAUCUCGAAGUCUUCAAAGUCUGACGUCACAACUACAGAGGACAAACUCUGAGGAUGUCGCCAGUCCGGAAGCAACAAGUCCAGAUCCGGUUUCUUCUUCAGGACAGGAAGCGCGAAGAAAUCGACGCCGUCGGGAGAGACAGAAGGUUGAGGUUUCGUCCCGGCCCACGACAAACAACCCAUCUAAUACCAUAAUCAAUGGUUCUCCACGCCUCGGUGUUGUCAUGUUCGUGUCAGUAGUCUGUCGGAGUGUAUGCAGUAGAAACCCCGACUUAUACCAGAUAUAUACCAAGAUAGCUAGGAGUAUGUCGCCAAGGAUCUGUCCCGAGCUCCAAACGUAUACCCAAACCGAGGUUGCGGCACGUGGCUUAAGAACGUCUGAGACCAACGUAAAUUUUGACCUUCAAGACGGCGGCGAUGAACAUGCAUGAAAAAAGGCUGAAUUUAUCAGCCGUUAUCACGUACUUGGCGUCGUUCAGAAUCAUUCAAAAUGACGACAGGACAACAACGGAAGUAUUGAUAUGUAACGGCCGAUAACUCCAGACUAUAUGUAUGACCAAACUGCAUUUUUAUAAAUACUCUUUUGUAUUUUGCUUUCGUUUAAACUACUAUUUUAUUUCUGUGAAGCGCUACUGAACGAUAUAAGCUUUCCUAUUUUUUUUAUUUUUUUUCCAUUUUUUAUAUACUCUUUAUUAACCUCAACCAACCAUAUCGACUAUUUAUACUCGCCAAUGCCUAGAUAGAAAUCGUCAUUGGACAUUUGAAUCUUAUUUGAAUGACAAAUAUGUCUAAGAUUUGUUGUCCUCUUGUAUGUAUACAUCGUGACGGCGUCAAAGUUUAUUUGGGAGCAGACGUUCGGAGCAUGUUGUUUUCAUUAUUUUGUAUCCAAAGAUGUAACUAGUUAUUAAUUAUUAUAUCAUUCGUCAGUAAACGUGCUAAGCGUUGGGACAGAUCCGAUAGUCUAACCAUCAUUAUCCAGCAUGAUUUACCUGUUAAGUAGAUAAUCUUACUUUACCUUUUCUGCCUCUCUUACCUCAUUUGUUUGUUAAAUUUCAACAUAACAUACAGUUUUACGUAGUUAAGUUAUUUAUACAGUCAACUCACCAAUUCAAUAAAAUAUCUGUGAUGGUCAGUUCGUGUUUUGUUCUCGUGCAUUUCUAUUGGUAAUUAGUAAAACGAUACUAAACAUGAAGUAUUAAUAAACACCGUCUCAAAUAACUCAAUAAACCCCGUCAUUAACAAAUCACUUCGAAAAUCAAUAUUUUAUAAACCAUGUCAGUCAUACAAACAUUAUUAAAACAAACCAUACACAUAAUGUCACCAAGCUUAUGUCUUUACUAUCUAUAACACUGAGUAGAAGUAGACCUCCAAUACGCAUGUCCGUACAGCUGCAUGUCAAAUAGAUUUAGUAUCGUACACAUCCGCCGGAAGUAUCAAAGAUGGCGGACGACUACCAAAAGUGUAAAUAAACGAGCUCCUUGUUUCUAUACGCAUGACUGCAUACAGUAAACAGUAAAAUGGACAUGCGAUAAGAUAUGUUAUCCGUAGUUCCACUACUCCGUAGAGUCAUCAUUGUAACAACGUAUUUCAAUAAUGCAUGAUAUUCCCUGUAUAUCUUGUAUAACACAUAACUAUCGUGAAAUUUCAGUCAAUGUAUUAUUAAAGCUUCCAUAUUGAAGAUCCAUCCUUAAAAAAAAUGUGUAGAAUGGACAUGUUUUCUGGACUGAAAAAAUGUUUGAGUGGAUUUUACAAGUGUACAACUUACCUGUAUCUCUGGAGCUGAAUGAGACCGCGUAUCGUUCAUUCCACAUUGUUUACCUGGGACUGGUGUACCUGUUUCGCAGUUGUCGCCCUUGGUGUUCAAAGAAUACGGAGUAUAUGAAAGUUGUAUACGAAGUGACUGAAGUAUGUCGUUUAGUUAUAUUAUGGGAUGUAUUAAACAUACGCGAUGUAUAGAGAGAGUCAGCAGUAUGUUAAUUGAAUCAAGCAUAUUACUUAAUACAGUGUUGAAAAUACAG